CAGCCCCCUUCUCAUCCUGGGAGGUCAAGGGGGAGUGAAGGCUUCUGCCCCUUCAUCACUAGGCUGUCUGGCAAGCAGCCCCAUCCUGAGGUAUGCAGGAGCCCGUGACUGGCAGUUAUUCAUUAGCAUACAAAGAGACACCUAUCCCUUUGGAAUCCUAAGAUUUUGGGGCCUGUGUGUGCCACGAAAUGGGUACAAAAACUCAAUGUCUGGUUCUUACUGUAAAUGCCAGCUUCCCACCGUCUGUUCUGUCUGCCCUUCCCAUUCUGUGUGUUUGCUUCAUGCUGAUGAGCCCUCGUUGUGUUGAUGUGGUGUUUGGCUGUGACUUCAUGGCGCUCGCAGCCCGACAGUCCCAGUCUGUGUUCUGUGCAGGUCUCUCCUGUCGGAGGCCAAACGUCAUCAUCUUGUUGGAGAAGGGGGAAGCACCCUGGGUGGUGGAGCCAUCGAAAAGACGGCACGGCCCAGAUUCAGGGUCUAAGUGUGAGCCUAAGAAGUUACCUUCAAGUCAGUGCAACAAGUCUGGACUAAGCAUCGAGCAAAAAUCAGCUUCUGCGCAACGAAAAGUUCCUACAGGAAAGAGAAACUGCAACAAAAAUGUAGUCUUCACAAAUGCUAGGAAAGAGCAUACAGCGCAGGGGUCCUUCAGAUGUGAGGAAUGUGGGGAAACCUUCAGUCGGAUGGCGUCUCUGAAACGUCACCAGAACGCUCACGCUGGAGAGAGGCCUUAUGAGUGCAGUGCUUGUCGAAAAGCUUUUAGACAAAUCACGUCACUCAUUCUUCAUCAGAGAGUUCACACCACGAGGAAAAGCCGUGAAUGUCACAAAUGUGAGAACCAGAAAGCAAUCCCUGGUCCACAUAGCGGAAUUCAUGAUGGAAAGAGAAAGCUUGACAGUGGGAGCCCAGCUUUAAAUCAACAUCCCAAAAUUCGCAAUGUUGAGAAUGUCCACCACUGCCAAAAAUGUAGCGAAGUCUUUAGUUCCUUGUCAUCCUUUCUACGUCAUAAGCUAAUGCACAAUAGAAGGAAAAUAUAUAGAUGCAGUGACUGCGGGAGAGGCUUCAAAAGGAAACCAGGCCUUGUUAGGCAUAAAGCGGUGCACGCUGGAGAGAAAACCUGUGACGAUGAAGAGGCCUUAAGUCAGAACCUACAGCGGGGAAGUCACCAUUUAAAGAAUCCUUUCAAGUGCAGAAAAUGUGAGAAAUCCUUUAGUAGGGUUUUGCCUCUUAUGCUGCAUCAGAGAAUUCACACUGUGAAGAAACCCUACACGUGUGAGAAAUGUCAGAAAGUCUUCGCACGGCUUUCCUCCCUUACUCUGCAUCUGAAGCUUCAUAGCGAGGAGAAGCCGUUCAGGUGCACUAAAUGUGACAGGGUCUACAAGAGGCGCUCGUCCCUACUUCAACAUCAGAAAGUUCACGCAAAGAAAAAGAAGCUCUUUGAAUGUAAGGACUGUGGGAAGAUGUUUUCCGGAGCUGCAAAUCUUAAGAUACAUCAGAAUAUUCAUUCUGAAGAGAAACCAUUCAAAUGCAACAAGUGUAGUAAGGUUUUUGGCCGCCAGUCAUUUCUUACUGAACAUCAGAGAAUUCACACUGGAGAAAAGCCAUACCAGUGCGAGGAAUGUGGGAAAGCCUUCAGCCAUCGAAUAUCUCUUACUCGACAUAAGAGGAUUCAUACAGAAGAUAGACCCUAUGAAUGCGAUCAGUGUGGGAAGGCCUUCAGUCAGAGUGCACACCUUGCCCAGCAUGAAAGAAUUCACACUGGGGAGAAGCCGUACACAUGCAAAAUAUGUGGGAAGGCCUUCAGUCAGCGCACAUCCCUUAUCCUGCAUGAAAGGAGUCACACCGGGGAGAAACCCUACGAAUGUAAGGAGUGUGGGAAGGCCUUUAAAUACGGCUCGCGGCUAAGUCAGCACGAGAACAUCCACUCUGGCAGGAAGCCAUAUGCAUGCAAGCAAUGUGGGAAAGCCUUCAAUUCGGGCUCGAAUUUCAUACAACAUCAGAGAGUCCACACUGGGGAGAAACCGUAUGAGUGUAAGGAGUGUGCCAAGGCCUUUAGUCGAAGCUCGCAGUUGAUUGAACAUCAGCGGAUCCACACUGGGGAGAAGCCCUACCAGUGUAAAGAAUGUGGCAAGGCCUUCAAUCGGAUUUCACACCUUAAAGUGCAUUACAGAAUUCACACUGGCGAAAAGCCCUACGCGUGCAAGGAAUGUGGGAAGACCUUUGGCCAUCGGUCCCAGCUGAUUCAACAUCAGACCGUUCACACUGGCAAAAAACUCUAUGAGUGCAAGGAGUGUGGGAAGGCCUUCAACCAGGGCUCAACUCUUAUUCGACAUCAGAGAAUUCAUACUGGUGAGAAACCCUAUGCGUGUCACGUUUGUGGAAAGGCCUUUCGAGUGAGUUCACAGCUGAAGCAACAUCAGAGAAUUCACACCGGAGAGAAGCCCUAUGAGUGUAAGGUGUGUGGUAGGGCCUUCAAGCGAGUCUCCCAUCUGACUGUUCACUGCAGAACUCACACAGGCGAAAAGCCCUCUGAACGUCAGGAGUGCGGGAAGGCUGUUAGCUAUUGCUCCCAGCCGACUCAACACCAGGUAAUUCACGCUGCGAAAAAGCCCCGUAACUACAAGGAACGUAGGAGAGUGUUAGCUCGUAGUUUAACCACUGCUCAACAGCAGAAGGUACAGAAUAGAGAUGCACGUGAAUGUCCUGAAUGUGGAAAGGCCUAUCAGUACAUGUCCCUUAGCAAUUAUCAGAGAAUUUAUGUUGGCAAGCCACCAUAUGAGUGGAAGCAGCAAGGAGAGUCCGUCAGCUUGGAAUGGUCAGAGCUAACUCCGGUGUCUUGGAGAAAGGCUUGAAGAUUACAACAAGUGAAAAUGCCUGCACUCAGAGAUUGGGAGUCGGAAACUUCCUAUUUGAGAAAAUUCUAUGGAUGUAAAUAGUUUAAACCACGUUGGUGCAUGUGCCUGAUGGCUUAGACACAGAUGCUCUCCCCAUGGACUAUGCAAGACCACCACACAGAUGCUCUCCCCAUGGACCACCGGACAGCCAGGAGACAGAACCACCAAGUAGCAGAGUGAAGACCUAGCAAGUGUGCUUGCACAAUAUUCUUAUUCUGACUUUGUGAUUCGUAUUUGGGGUUAGAAU